GCUCAUCCCUCAGGGUCAGCGCAACAUCAGCGGCUGACUGACAGCGCGCAGCACCGAGCCAGGAAGGCAUUUCACCGCUUCACGGGAGCCCUGCGAGCGUUCUCUUCGUCUGAGCCGGAUUUCUAACACCUCAUCCUCUUCUCUCGUUGCUGAUAGAGCCUACAGCCGCCGGAACGACGCGCAUCUCCCUGAUGUUCCAUCCUCCAUCUUCGCUGCGAUAAAAAAAAAAAAAAAGGGGGGACAAAAAAAAAAACAAAACAGAACAAAACAUGAAGAGAUGACCGGAUCGUAGAGCUGACAGCCGGCUCCUGUUCCGGUGAGCAGCAGAGGAGCUGACAGUAAAUGAGAGGCCGUCACCAUGCCCCCAGGGAAGUAUGGGAUGCAGGAGGAAUGGGAGAAGGAGGGGGACCAGGCGAUCAACAUGGACUUCCUACUGCCUACUGGGAUCUUCCUCAAUUUUCCCGUGUCUCGAAACGACACCAUCAAAAACAUCAAAAAGAUGGUUUGGAAAAAUGCCAGAAGUGAGGCCCUGUUCUGUGCACUUGGUGAUCCGGAUGGAUAUGUCUUCACCUGCAUCAACGAGACAGCAGAAAGGGAAGAGCUGGAGGAAGAAUCGAGGCGCAUAAGUGAUGUGCGCCCCUUCAUGUGUGUCCUGAGGCUGGUGGGGAGGGAGGGUGACCGAGUGGAGAAACUCACAAAUGCCCAAAUCAGCCUGCUAAUUGGCAAAGGUCUACAUGAGUUUGAAGCCCAGAAGAACGACGAGGUGAACGAGUUUCGGACCAAGAUGCGCACGUUUUGCGAAGAGAAGGCUCAGGACCGACAGAGUUUGCCGUGGCAGAAGUGGAUGGAGUACAGCUUCCCAUGUGACCUGGAGCCGUGCAGCUCCCUGCCGCAGAGCGCCAAGUCAAAAAACAUCAAGAAGAUUUUCAUUAAUGUCAAGUUUGAGGCCUCUGAUGAAAGCUUCAUGCUGCAGCAGGACCCUCAGGACCUCCCCGUGGCUUUGAUGAAGAGCGCUCUGAAGAAGAAGGCCACCGUUUUUCGCUUAAUGCGACAGGAAUCUGAGGACUACACCCUACAGGUCAACGGGACAUGGGACUUCAUCUAUGGGAAACACCCCCUCUGUCAGUUUAAAUACAUCUUCUCAUGUUUGAGAAAUGGCCAAAACCCCCACCUUACUAUGGUUCACUACUCCACCAUCGUCAAAUAUCAGGAAGAGCAAGGCAGAAUGUGCAGCCAGGUGUACAAGAGCCGCUCUUUAUCCAGACCUCCUCCUCUGCCACUGAAGAAGCAAAACACCUCUUCUCUGUGGUCCAUCAGUGAGCCUUUCUACAUUCACCUGCUGCAGGGCAGCCGAGUCAAUGCAGAUGAAGGAAUGAAGCUUGUAGUGCAGGCUGGUCUCUUCCAUGGCAGCGAGCUGCUGUGUAAGGUGGUGACGAGCUCAGAGGUCGCAGUGAGCUCUGAGCCGCUGUGGAAUCAGAAAUUGGAGUUUGACAUAAACGUGGCGGACCUGCCUCGCAUGAGCCGCCUGUGUUUCGCACUCUACGCUGUCAUUGAGAAGACCAAGAAACCCCGCGGCACCAAAAAGAAGAAUAAGAAAGCGGACUGCCCGAUAGCCUGGGUGAACACCAUGGUGUUUGACUACAAGGACCAGCUGAAGACGGGGGAGUUCCUCUUAUCCACGUGGCCGUCUGUUCCUGAUGACAAAAGUGACCUGCUGAACCCGAUGGGAACCGUUGAGAAGAACCCCAAUGUGGACAGCGCUGCAGGGCUUCAAAUUCGUUUCCCCAACAUCCGGCCACACCCUCUCUAUUACCCUCCACUGGACAAGAUAUGUGACAUGGAGAAGAACGGUGAUGCAAGUUUUGCCACUAAAGAAGAGUACUUCAAACUAAAAGAAAUAAUGGACAACAAAAACUACACUGAGAUUUUUGAGGAUGAGAAAGAGCUCCUAUGGAAGCUCCGCACCGAAGUCCGCGACCAUUAUCCUGAAAGUCUGUCCAAGCUGCUCCUCAUCACCAAGUGGAAUAAGCGUGAGGAUGUAGUUCAGAUGGUGAGUUUACUGAGGAACUGGCCGGACCUCCCUGCCAUCCAGGCCUUGGAGCUCUUAGACUACAGUUUUCCCGACCCAGCAGUUCGUUCUUUCACUAUCAGAUGCCUCAGAAAGCUCAGUGAUGAUGAACUGUUGCAUUACCUGAUCCAGCUGGUCCAGGUCCUGAAGUACGAGUCCUACCUGGACUGUGACCUUACCACUUUCUUGUUAGAAAGGGCGUUGUCCAACAGGAGGAUCGGACACUUUCUGUUUUGGCAUCUCAGGUCAGAGACUCAUGUAGCGUCUGUGGGUUUGCGUUUUGGCCUGAUUCUGGAGGCCUACUGCAGGGGAAACAUCCAUCACAUCAAGCUCUUAACCAAACAGACUGAGGCUCUGGGCAAAAUGAAGGCCCUGAGUGACUUUGUCAAGUCGGGCUCCCAGAAGAUGACAGCUGAGGACCUGAAGCUGUGUAUCAGACAGGAGUCCUACCUGGAGGCACUGUCAGACCUUCUGUCACCACUCAACCCAAGCAUAAUACUUACAGAGAUCUGUGCUGAUAAGUGCAGAUUUAUGGACUCCAAGAAGCCGCUCUGGCUGAUGUAUAGGAAUCCCACAGCUGAAGGAGACAUGGUGGGCAUCAUCUUCAAAAAUGGAGACGAUCUUCGGCAAGACAUGCUGACCCUGCAGAUGAUUCAGCUCAUGGAGAAUUUGUGGAAGAAAGAGGGCCUGGAUCUCAGGAUGAUCCCGUACGGCUGCUUGUCAACUGGGAACAAGAUGGGGCUCAUCGAGAUUGUGAAGCACUCUGACACAAUUGCCAACAUCCAGCGUAACAGCAGCAACAGCGCCGCUACUGCUGCCUUCAAUAAGGACGCCUUGCUGAACUGGCUCAAAUCAAAAAAUCCUGAGAACAAACUUGAUCGGGCAAUAGAGGAGUUCACACUGUCCUGUGCUGGCUACUGUGUAGCUACUUACGUCUUGGGCAUUGGAGAUCGUCACAACGACAAUAUCAUGAUCAGGGAAACUGGACAGCUGUUCCACAUCGAUUUUGGGCACUUCCUGGGCAACUUCAAGAGGAAACUUGGAAUUAACAGGGAGCGUGUGCCUUUUAUCUUGACCUAUGACUUUGUCCAUGUGAUCCAGCAAGGGAGGACAAACAACAGUGAGAAGUUUGAGAGGUUCAGGGAGUACUGCGAACGGGCUUAUAAGAUCCUGUGCCGGAACGGGACACUAUUUGUCAACCUCUUCGCUAUGAUGAAGGCAGCAGGGCUACCUGAACUCACAUCCUUCAAAGACAUACAGUAUCUAAAGGACUCUUUAGCUUUGGGCAAAUCAGAGGACGAGGCACUGAAGAAUUUCAAAGUAAAGUUCAACGAGGCUUUGCGGGAGAGCUGGAAGACCAAGGUCAACUGGAUGAUGCACUCACUGGCCAAAGAUAACAGACCAUGAAGAACACUGAACCAAUGAAACCUGAGGACCAGCCAAAAAUGUAGAUUUUUAACUUAUAUACAUAAACAGAGUUGAUUAUUUUACAUGACGGAUGAAAUUCAAAGACUUUGAAAGAUUCUUUAGCAAAUGUUUACAUCUCAGUGGCCUGUAUGUGGUGAAUAACAACUAAGCAGAGGCAUCCAAAGACAAUUAGAUCAUCACUUGGAGCAUCACUUCCACACACGUAUUUCCACAGUGAAGAAAAUCCAUCACACUCAUCGUUCUCCCAUCCAUCAGUGGAAUGCCUUUGCCACAGGGGCAUAUCAACCCAGAUAAUAAACUUGUUUUUGAUUUGCUGAAAUUGCUACUUGAAAACCACCUGCUCAUGCAAAGUGUCAUGAAUCACGGAAACAGAAAGUUCAUCUCACCAACUGCAUUACUCAGCAGGGAGCAAGCUGCAAACUACCUUAAUGAUAACUUGAGGUUCUGUUCAGCCCCAGAGUACAACAACAGGGCGGCAGUUUCACCUCAAGACUUUCGUACGGUUUACAACCCCUGAUAGCUGUUAUGAAGCUGUGUCAUUUCCUCUCAUUUCAACUGUCUCUUUGCAAAAUGUGUCUUGUUUUUUUUUUUUUAAUAUAUAUGUAUAUAUUUCCAGUAAUGUAUUUUAUUUAAUUUUUGUAUCUACUUAACAAGUAUCAAAGAUAUUUUGCAAAGAUGUGAUGCAUUUUGUUGCUCUAACAUUCUUGUGUAAUGUUGCCUUGAAGUACAGUAUGUGCCAAUACACAUGAAGCAUUUUAAAAUUUAAUGUAUAUUAUAAGAAAAUGUAGGACUUUUAUUUUGAAAACAUGGUACACAGGCAGCAGCCUGGGCGAAAGAAAGGAGCAGUCUGAUUUCAGCCUAAUGCUAGUCUCAUUUUAAGAACUACACUUACUUUUUAGCUUAAGUGAGAAGUGAGUAUGAUAUGCUAAUCUUAUCCAGUUUAGGGUCACAGGGAGGCUGGAGCUUAUCUUAGCUGGCCAUGGGAAAGAGGCAGGGUACCAUUCCUCCUCACGUACACAGCUAUGGCCAGUUUCAAAUGAUCGAUUAACCUCACAAGCAUAUCUUUGGACUGCAGGACGACAACCACACAGGGACACACACAGGAGAACAUGCAAGCUCCACAGAGAUGGGCCCCAGCAGACCGGGAAACGUAUUUCUUUGAGGUGACAGUGCUAACCACUACACCACUGUGCACAGUCCAUGUUAAUUAGUGAGCUUUAAAAGUGCUGGUGGGCAGGCUGUUUUUCCUUUGGAGAGACUAGCUGUUUUGCUUUCUCUAUGCUAAACAAAGCAGACUCUCUCCUGGCUCCAGCUUUAUAUUUAACACACACAACGAGAGUGUUAUCGGUUUUAUUUUUGAUUUUCAUGCAUUUCUCUCUUGUUUCAAUGAUACAGCUGCAUUUGGCAGCUGGAAAAUUACACAUUUUGUUUUUGUUUUUUUUUUUUUGUCAGGUAAAGAUUUAAUUUGUUUGGAGAAAAUCCUUCAGUGCAUCCCAAUUAAGACAAUCUGUAGAUUCAUAUAAGUCAUAGACUUGUGGAUGUGUUUCUCAAAAUCCGGUACUGAACUCGUGCCCUCUGUGAAAAUGUAAACCUGGACUAUGUCUGCGAUCUCAGAAGAUGCAGUGUGUGCAUGUGCAUACGUGUGUGUGUGCGUGUGUGUGUGUGUGUGCGUGCGUGCGUGUGUGUGUGUGCGUACAUGCGUGCGUGCGUAAGUGU